ACUUUCCGGCAUAUAACUAAACAGGAAGACUACUGGCAAAGAAGAGUAACUGACCAGGGCGGCAAUGGGGGAGUUGGGGAGAAGAGGAAUCCAGCUCAUUAUUGGAAAUCUUUUACUAAGCAUUCUGGAGGAAAAGAUUGUUAAAGGAAAACAGCUUUUGCUAAUUAGGUAUUUCAAGGUGCAUAUCAGGGAGACAUCAUCUCAAACUCUACAAUUCCAAAACAAUCUUUCCAUUAAACCCAGAUCUUUCUUCCAAAUGGACCUAAUUCUAUCCAAGGUAACCAUUAUCCUUCCAGUGCCCUUUAAGGUCAGCAUUAUCCUCACUCUUCAUUCUUUACUCCAAAUAUCUAAUUAUUGUCAAAUCUUGUACUUUCUAUCCUAGCAACAGCUCUGUUCCCUACCUAACAUAGCCACAAUCAGUUUAAGCCCUCAUCAAUCACCUGUUUGAUCAUAUCAGUGGCCUGUUAAUAUUGCCUCAAGUUUCACAAUCCAAUCCACACUGCUUAACAAAAUGAUUUUUCUUAAGGGCAAAUCUACACAUUGUGUCACUUCACCACGUCACUGACCUUAGGCUCCUGAUUUGUUGUGUUGUUUUCAACCUCUGUAAUAUCUUGGGGUUUUAAUACAACAUUUCUAUGAAAAAGCCAAAUUGGCCUCCCUAUCCCUCCCGUUCUUGGCAGUGGCUGUCUCAAGUCUGUAUUGAACCUUGUAGAAUCAACUCAAGCACUAUAAAGCCUUUUCAGUCAAUCUAAUCAACAAACACUGAGUGCUAAGCACAGACAUCAGAGAUGCUAAAUAAGACAAAAACAAAAGUCCCAGCUCUCAAUUUUACACAAAUUGCUGAGAGACAACAUAUAAAUAGCUAUAUUCACGAUACAUACUUUGUAUGAAGGAUAAGAGGGAAGGUUGAAGUUAAAGAGAAGGGGAUGAGGGAUAUGUGUCAAGAAGGCCUCCUGCAGAAGGUGGUUUUUAAAUUGAAUUUUGAAAAAAGCCAGUAUAUCAAGAGACAGAGAUUUAUUUCCAACUGGAGAGUCAUUCAGUUCCAAGGCAAGAAAUGAAAUAACGGCAAGUUGAUUGCAUACUCCCAUCUAUUAGUGCAGGAGAAGAAAAGCAACCUUGUUGAUGACUCAAAAUGACAAAGCAUCCACCAAACAGAAGAGGGAUCAGCUUUGAGGUGGGAGCCCAGUUGGAGGCCCGGGACAGAUUAAAAAACUGGUAUCCAGCUCAUAUACAGGAAAUUGACUAUGAAGAAGGGAAAGUACUCAUCCAUUUCAAACGUUGGAACCAUCGUUAUGAUGAAUGGUUCUGUUGGGACAGUCCUUAUUUACGUCCAUUAGAGAAAAUACAGUUAAGGAAAGAAGGGUUACAUGAGGAAGAAGGAUCUUCUGAAUUUCAUAUAAAUGAGCAGGUACUUGCUUGCUGGUCUGAUUGUCGGUUUUAUCCAGCCAAAGUCACUGCUGUUAACAAGGAUGGUACUUAUACUGUGAAAUUUUAUGAUGGAGUAAUUCAGACUGUCAAACAUAUUCAUGUCAAAGCUUUUUCCAAAGAUCAGAAUAUCGUGGGCAAUGCGAAGCCUAAAGAAAAAGAUAACGAAAGCCUUUCAUCUCCUGAUAACCGAGAGAAGUUUAAGGAGCAGAGAAAAGCACCUGCUCAUGCUAAGAAAGACAAAGAUGACAAGACUUUAAAAGCUGAAAAAAGACCCAGACAACCUGACAGAGAAGGAAAGUUAGUUAGUCCUGAGAAAGGGAAGGGAUCUGAAAAAGGUUUGCCGAAGAAUGAGAAAGAAGACAAGGAGAAUAUUUCAGAAAAUGAUAGGGAAUAUUCUAGUGAGACACAGGCAGACAAGAAAUCUGACAAUGACAUUGUGAAGAAUACACAGGAAAACCUAAGGGAGCCCAAAAGAAAGCGAGGCCGGCCCCCUUCCAUACCUCCAUCUGAACCAAAUUCCCAAACUUUGCAACCAAUAACAUUGGAAUUAAGAUGCCGGAAAAUAUCAAAAGGAGUUGAAAUCCCAUUAAAGCGCUCCAGGCUUGAAAAAAAUUCAUCUCAGGAAAAGCCAAAACCCUACCUGGAAAAUAAUGACAAAGACUUGACCAGGAGACGAUCAUCAAGGCUUUCUAAUAGUGGAAACCAUGAGAUCCUAGAUGCAGAUUUGGUCAUUUCAAAUGUGAUUGACAGUGUUCCUUCAGAAGAUACCCUGCUUCUUGCCAAGGAAUCAGAAGAAGGACAGUUAGAAUCUUCUGUCCAAUCUGAUAAAAGCUCAUCUGAACUAACACACCAGUCCUUUGUGGAUGGAUUGGAGACUGCAGCAUUUGAUUUGAAUUGCAAUUCAAUGGAAGACAAAGCUGUAGACACUGAACUGUGCUCUCCACUUGCUGAUUUGAAAGAAAUUUCUGCUGUAACAGUAACAAAUACUUUUAAGAGAGAUGAAUUUGUUACUUCAAAAGCUCCUACUGUCGACCUAGACCACAAGUUUAGAUGCACCUUCGUGGACUGUUUAAAAUUCUUCCGCAAAGCUAAACUCCUGCACUAUCACAUGAAAUAUUUCCAUGGAGUUGAGAAGACACCAGAACCUGAGGAGAGUUCAGUGAAGAGGCACGUUCAAACAAGAAGUUCUUUAGCCUCUGAAAAACCCAGUCAAGAUGGGCUACCCAGAAAGCGGAUCACCUCUAGUUCUUUGUCUGUAAAAGACAAGGAAAAGAACAAAGAAAAGAAGUUCAGAGAAUUUGUAAGAUUAAAGUCGAAGAAAAAAAAGAAAAAGAAAAAGAAAUCUAAGCCUGAAUACUCUUGCAGUGAAGAUGCUAGUGAUGUUUCCCAAGAGUGUUCACCUCCCAAGCCAUUUGCUGUUACCAGGUGUAGUUCCUCAAGUAAAUCUGGUACUCCCCUGAGUACAUCAGUUCAUAGCUCUGAUUCUGGAAAUCACCGAGAAAGAGGAACAAUUCCUGAAGAUAAUGUGAGUGAAUCUUCCUCAGAGAGUUUUCUCUGGAGUGAUGAAGACUGUAGCCAUGAUAUUGAUGUGACCACUAAUCCAGAUGAUGAUCCUGAUGGAGAAGAUAACUUUGACUUUGAAAUAGUUCGGUGUAUUUGUGAGGUCCAAGAAGAAAAUGAUUUUAUGAUUCAGUGUGAAGAAUGUCAAUGCUGGCAGCAUGGCGUGUGCAUGGGUUUGCUAGAAGACAACGUGCCUGAGAAAUACACCUGCUAUAUUUGCCAAGAUCCUCCAGGUCAGAGACCUGGCAUAAAAUACUGGUAUGAGAAGGAAUGGUUAAGUCAUGGCCAUAUGCAUGGUUUGGCAUUUUUAGAAGAUAAUUACUCCCAUCAGAAUGCCAAGAAAAUAGUUGCUACUCACCAGCUUCUUGGUGAUGUGCAGAAGGUGAUAGAAGUUCUACAUGGACUACAGCUAAAGAUGAGAAUUUUACAGAGCAAAGAGCACCCUGAUUUACAGCUGUGGUGUCAGCCCUGGAAGCAGCACUCCAGGGAUGAGAAGUCUCACCCCAAACACAUCCUUCACAUUGAAGAUAAGACAAAGGAGGAGAUACCGAGUUAUAGAACUUUCAGUGGAACAGUAGAAAAAACACUGCCCUUUCCUUCCAUGGAAGAAUCUUAUAUCACCAGUGAACACUGCUAUCAGAAACCCCGGGCCUAUUAUCCUGCUGUAGAACAGAAGCUGGUAGUAGAGACCAGAGGAUCAACUAUGGAUGAUGAUGUUAACCCCAUCCGGGAAAAUGGGGAUGAUGUGUUAUCAGAAAGAUUUGGGUGGGAAUUAGAUCAAGAAAAAAUCAAAAUUCAGAAUGAAUUGAGACAUACUUACUCAAAGGUGAGGGAGUGUUCUUCUAAAAAGGCUCUCUCAGAAGAAGCCCCCACACUGAAGCUGUUGGAAAAAGACAGGGAGGGAGUGGUGAAUGCUCAACUCCAGUGGCAGUUUAAUCUGCUCACACAUGUGGAAUCUCUGCAGGAUGAAGUCACACACAGGAUGGAUUCCAUCGAGAAGGAACUGGAUGUUCUGGAGAGUUGGUUGGAUUACACAGGAGAACUGGAGCCACCAGAACCAUUAGCCAGACUCCCUCAGCUCAAGCACUGCAUAAAGCAACUCCUGACAGACUUGGGAAAGGUGCAACAGAUUGCGCUUUGUUGUUCCACAUGAAACUGACCCUGAGGACUGCUCAUUCACCAUCACCAGGAAGUCUGUAGGAGGCUUUUUGUAUAUUUAAACAAAACUUGCAUAUUGAAUACACAGAACAUAGAUUGACUUCUGGGAUCCAGGCAAACUGUGAUGGACACAGGGUAGGCACCGUAUUCACAUCAAGGCUGCAGAGAAUAGGGUGCUCCAGGUCUACACAGGCUUCAAGAGCAGGAAGGCAAAGAAGAAAUGUUAGGAUUCCCUCCUUACACAUAAAUUGUUGAAUGAAAAUAAUUUUUCUUUUUCUUUUUUUUUUUUUUUUUGCACAAACUUCACUUUAAAUCGUGCCACUGAUAAAGGAAUUAAGAGCCAAAAUGUUUAUUUGAAAAUGGUGUGAAUCCCAUUCUGCAAUUUAUUUAAUUGAUUUGUAUUUCAGAUUGGAUCAUAAUAGCCUUCCUGGUUUGGUUUCUCUCACAUAUUUUAAUUAGUGAGAGUUGUAAUUUUGAACUUUGUGAGAAUGUCCUUUUUAUGACUUAACAAUUAUAUGGAGGUUAAAUAGUAUAGGCCCAAAGCCUGUACCAAGUACUCUAUAUUGUUACAAUAAAUGACCAUUUGGGCUAUAUUUACCCCCUAGUAAAUGAUUAUUUUAGUUCAUCAUGUCUCUAGCAUGAAUGACUUAAUAUAUGGUACUCGGGAAAAUCAACUUAGUAUGAGAUUGUUUUGUUCCCAAUCCCAGGAUGUACCUGGGUUUUUGCUUGCAUUAUAGCUAACAGGCUCCUUGGGGGGAGCUGGGGGGUCUCACUGCAUGUGACCUAUGUUAGGUAUUUCAAACUGUAGCGCGGUGUAUAACCCAGGGCAGUAUUUUCUACCCACCUUGUUAAUAUUUGAUAGCUCCUGAAUUUUGAAAUGUAGAAUUUUUUUCAAAGUUAUAAACUUACUGUAAAGAUUCGUUACAAAAAUAGAAUGUCCUUUGGGGAGUCAAGUUUAUUUUAUAAACUAUAAGGACUUGGACCCUAUGUAUCACUAUAAGCCUCCCCGGAGAUUCACUUUUACUGUUUUCAGACACCCCACAACUCUCCCCCACCUUUACAUACACACACACGUAUGUGUGUGUAUGUAUGUAUGUAUGCUGCAACAUUUUAAUUUCCAGGUAUGUCUUAUUUUGUGAGAUCAAAAAUUAUGAUGCCUAAAUUUCAGGUACAAUGUCAUUUAGUACCUUUAAGAAUAAUGUGUUUGUGUUACCUUUACAACCAUUAAUAACAGUCCUUGUAUAAUCUCAUUGUGUUCCCUAUGGUGCAGUGCAGGGGAAUCUUCCUUGUGCUUUUAGAUUUUUUUUCCACCAUUAGUUUUGCUCAUGAUUAUGCCACUUAAACAUCAAAGCACACUUGUCCAUUAGCAUUUGAGAGUUAAUUAAUGGUUUAUGAAACUGUAAUAUUAUAUGCUGCAAAUAUUUACUAUGUAAACUUGAAAUAGCCAACAUCUUAAUAGGAAUGGUAAAAUUGACAAUGAAUCUUUGAAUUUAAGUUUUUGGGAAAGGUCCAAAUUGCUUUAACAUUGGAAAGGAGGGCCUUAGAGGAAGGAUAUUUCCUAAUUCACAGUAUGAUAAGUAUGGUAGCUGUACAGCAGAGAAUAUCACUAGCUGUGAUAAUUGGGAUAAAGCUCAUAUGACUCUGCUUUUAAAAAGUUUUUCCCAUCACUAAUGCUGCUGUAUGAAGAAAUGCUUAAUAUAGUAAUAUUUAAAUUAGAAAAUUACUGGAAAGCUGUUUUACAACCAAGACAACUGAAAGGAAAUAAUGAACAACUGUUUUCAGAUUCCUUUUGCAAAGUUCCAUCUGAAUACCAAAUGUGAGUAACAUGUAGGCCUCAUUAGUAAGUUAACAUUUAAAAUGGUAGUUAAUUGGGUUGAAACGGGUUAAAUUUUUUUACAGAGCUGAGAACAGAAAUGAAAAAUUCUUGUUGAAUUCUGCCAAGUGGCCAUUUUUGUUUCAUUAUGCUGAGUAAUUUUAAGAGGAAAUAAAAUUAUAUUUCAUUUAAUUUGAUUUGUCAAAUAGAAAGGUCUUCCUGAGAAAAGGCAGCAAAGUCAAGGUCUGAGGAAUUUACUCAAUUAAAGAUUCAGUAUGCUCCUUUUCAAGUUUCCUUUGGAAGAGUUUCUGUUCUAAUAUGUGAUACAGAAGAUGGUACAGGGAUAAAAAGGGCCUCUAUCCCUGAAUGCUGGACCAAGUUUAGUUAUCUAAAGUUGAAGUAUUGGAAACAAUUACUGCUGUUACCCUUAAAAAAUGUCUAAUUAUCUAAAUUUGAAUUUUGUCUCUCUGGAUGAAAACUAUCCUACUAAAAUUGUCUUGGCAGAA